CGCGGCCGUGCCGGAGCAGUUCGCGGCCGCCGCAGGUGAGCGAACGAGCGAGCGAACGACCCGCGCUGCCGUGCUCGAGAGAGUCGUGCGGUGUAACUCGUGCGAGACGCGCGCGCGGACGCGUGAACUCCUGACCGUCCGAAUUCGUUUCCAGCGUGGAUCCGCGGUCGCGCGUGGGAGAGCGUUUUGCCGGAAGAAGAGGCGAGUAUAACGGAAGAGAGAGAGAGAGAAAGAGAGAAGAAGAGUCACGGACAAGCAGUUGGCACGCGCGUCGACGAUGAGCCCGGAGCGUCCCGGAACCGAGGCUGCAGGUGAUCGGCGCGCCUGGUGACGCCGGGGGGUCGCAGAGCUCCCGACAAAAUGGAGUCCACCUGAGGAGGAGGAUUUCAGAUCGCUCUGCGCGGUUUAUAAGUCGUUUCAACACGCGUUCCGUCCGAAUUGUGCACUUCGUCUGUUCCGAUCCUUUCGGGAGAUCGUAUCAUGGCCAAGUACAACGUCAACGAGGAAUACGACAUGGAGAACCGUAGGGAAGUCACGCUGACUGGCUUCAGCAACAACGCGCUCGAUGAUGUUCUUCGCAGCAACAACAACGAGCCAAACACGUUGAACGGGAACCCCAGCAGUGCUCACGCCAUCACCAAAGAUGCGAAGAUUGUUAAUCUCGAGGUACCACAAGAUGCUAGCACAAGUGCCCCAUGUACAUCCGGAAGAAGAUGGCUCUACCGACGUGUUAGAAGGUCUUGCAGAAAAAAAUUACUAUUUAAAAGAAUACCGAUUCUAAUGUGGCUGCCGAAUUAUCAGAAAGAAUAUAUAGCAAGCGAUCUAGUAGCUGGUAUCACCGUAGGUCUCACCGUUAUACCACAAGCCAUAGCGUAUGCUAACGUCGCGGGAUUACCGUUACAGUAUGGGCUCUAUUCGUCUUUCAUGGCCUGUUUCGUGUACACAAUUUUGGGCUCUUGGAAAGAUGUUCCUGUCGGGCCAACCGCAAUCGCCGCGAUUCUAACAAGAGAAACUUUACAAAAGGCCCAUCUAGGACCCGAUUUUGCCGUAUUGCUGUGCUUCCUCUCGGGCUGCAUCUCCUUAUUAAUGGGCAUCUUGCAAUUAGGAUUCUUACUGGAUUUUAUAUCGGGACCAGUAUCCGUUGGUUUCACGUCGGCGGCAGCGAUUAUCAUUGCUACCAGCCAGGUAAAGGAUAUUCUUGGGCUCAAAGUUACCGGUACCAAGUUCGUGCAAGUCUGGCAAAGUAUCUUCGAGCACAUCGGCGAGACGAGGCGUUGGGAUACCGCUUUGGGAAUUGUCUGUAUAAUCGUUCUUCUACUUCUCCGAAAGGUGAAGGAUUUGCCAGUAGUGUCGAAAAAUACUAAAGUACCAUCACGACUUCAACAAUUUAUCACGAAGUCGUUUUGGUUAGUCUCCACUGCUAGAAACAUUAUUGUCGUAAUCGUUUGCGCGAUAAUGUGCUGGCUCCUCGAGAAGCAUCUGGGAGAAUCACCCGUUAUGUUAACGGGACACGUGAAGCAGGGGCUUCCGGAAUUCCGUUUACCACCCUUCGAAGCUCAGAUCGGGAAUGAGACCUAUACUUUUAUCGAUAUGGUUUCCGCUCUGGGCACUGGCUGUCUAGUCGUCCCCAUGCUCAGCCUGUUAGAAACGAUCUCCAUCGCCAAAGUGUUCUCCGAGGGUAAGUCGAUAGACGCGACUCAGGAAAUGUUGGCGUUGGGCGUGUGCAACGUGGUAUCAUCGUUUGUGUCAUCAAUGCCCGUGAGCGGCGGCCUCAGCCGAGGCGCGGUCAACCACUCGUCCGGGGUGAAGACAACACUCGGUGGAGUCUACACCGGGCUCUUGGUGCUUAUAUCGUUGCAGUUCCUCACGCCCUAUUUGUACUAUAUACCCAAGGCCGCCCUGGCGGCUGUCAUAAUUGCCGCGGUUGUCUUUAUGGUGGAGUUCCAAGUAGUGAAGCCAAUGUGGCGAAGUAAAAAAAUUGAUCUCAUACCGGCCAUAGCCACGUUCCUGUGUUGCCUUUUCAUACGACUCGAAUUGGGCAUCGUAAUCGGCAUCGGUAUAAACCUUUUGUUCCUACUUUAUGCCUCGGCCAGGCCGACGUUACGAGUUCAUAAAGCUACGAGUAUCAGUGGUUGUGAAUAUCUUGUCAUAACUCCAGAUCGAAGUUUGGUGUUUCCAAGCGUCGAAUAUGUACGAGCCGUCAUUAGCAAGCAGGGGUUACGAGAAGGUACCGCUGUGCCCGUCGUAAUAGAUUCCACACAUAUCCAGGCAGCCGAUUUCACCGCUGCAAAGGGUAUCAAAACGUUGAUAGAGGAUUUUACUAAGCGGGGCCAGCCAUUAAUCUUUCAUAACUUGAAACCGAGCGUUAUCGAAAUCUUCAAAGGUGUAAAACCUUCGAGGCUCACGUGCAGUUCCAGCGAACUUGAGCUCAACGAUCAUCUUAAAGGUAAAUCGGUUUUGUGGCUCUUCGCUAUGUCUGUAAUAUUUUCUAAAUAUUAUGUAUUUUUUAUUUUAUAGAAUACACGAAUUCAACCGAGACUCUAAAUCGAUAUUAAACGCAUAAAUGGAGAUGCAGACAAUACGAUAGUAUGUUUUUCUUCUUUAGCAAGCAUCAGUAUUACAGUGAAAAUACCGUGGCAAUUUUUUUCUUCAUUUAAAGCAGUAUUACCGUCAGGCAAAACGCUACUUUCAAAUUUAGCUAAUUAAAUAUUUUGUAUAUAUGUACGUACAUAUAUUUAUAAGCACAAAUUAGCAGGUAUCUUGUAAAUCCAUGCGCUAUACACAGUGUACUAUUUUUGUACUUAUGAAAGGCAGA